UCAGUUUGCAGAAGUGUAAAAUGGUUUGAUUAAUAUUAUGAUCAGCUGACAAUUUCUUUCUGCCUUCUAAUUAGUCUAAAUUGACUAGACUGCUGCUCUUUAAAAUAUUCUUUUCUUUGCAUUUGAAGGUGAUGCUGUUGGGUUUUCAUCAAGCCAUAUACCCUCUCCCUAUUAUGGUCAACACAUAAUAGCUGGCAUUUGUGUGUUGUCUACUCAGGAUUGAAGGUAAAAUUUUUGUUUUUGAAUCCAUGUAGAGCCAAGACUUUCCCUGCCGGACAGUCUUCAUAGGUUCAGAGAGGUGUCCAAGCAUCAGCAUAGGGAAUAUAAUCCCGAAGCCACAAAGACUGAACAUCUGUGCAAGAUCCUGAUCCAGAAGAACAAGUUUCUUUCCUUUGAUGGCCAUUCUAUCUUUGUGUAAGAAUAGUGCCAAAUGCUGGUCUGUUGGUGGUAUGUCUAGAAGAUAGGCUAAGACACACCAUCAUGAAACAGUGAUGGCAAAGCAGGAAAGCUAGUCACAGCAGGUUUAGGGGACCAUUCUGCAAUUGUCUCCCCAUUUCUGGCCUCCCAUUAAAAUCAGUUGAAGGUUUUUGUUUUGUUUUGUUUUGUUUUUUAGGAUCUGGGGAUGAAACCUAGUGCUGGGCAAGCAUUCUAACACCCCCAAUUCAAUAGGAAAGUUUAAAGUAGUACUGAUUCCCAGGUUCCACUCUGGGAUCAGUUAUUUAUUUUUAAUUUUGAGGUGCUUUAGAUUGAACCCAGAGCCUGGAGCAUGCUAAUAAACGUUCACUCAGCCCCUCAGUUUCACCCUCAGACCAUAUGCUGAUCAAUUAAGGUAGAAUUAUUGUCCUGGGUGUUUUUAAGAAUCCCUGGUUUUUUUCUAAAGCCACGUGUGGGAAUCACUGGUUAAAGGAGUUUGUACUCUGUGGGGCAGGUAACUGGGGUCUUAGAAAGAAGAAUCAGAAAUGAUUGAUUGAAUAAACUGUUGAGAAGGAGAUGAUAAAGCACAGUGGCAGAGUUUGUGAUCUGGCAUCUGGCAGCCAGUUUCAAACCCUGACUAACUCUUAUCAGCUGUGUGGGAGAGUUCCCUAACAACUCUCAUCUGAGUUUUCUCAUAUGUAAAAUGUACCUCAGGAGUUGGAGUAAUGGUCAAAUGAAGUUACGAAUGUCAGAGAGCCUGGCACAAUGCUUGAAAACUUAGUAAUUGUGAGAAAAAAAAAAUAAAUGCAGAAGUAUAGCUUUCUAAGUUGGUAGUCUUGGAUAUUCUCUUUUUGAACAAAAUGGGAAGAAUGUUACCCAGAUCUGAUCACAGGUUUUUCAAGCACAUCAUUUCAAAAACAUCAUGCCUUCAAGUAAAUACAUAUUUCUAAAAACCUAAUCUAUUUUAACUAGUUAUUUCCUUGAUAAAAUCUGAAUUACAGUUUUGCAAUGAAAAGAAAAAAAAAAAACAGUCUCAGUAGACUGAGUUUAUAUGUUCUGUUGCCUAAGGAUGAGCUGGUCAUUGUGGGAAACUGGAGCGUGGUUAAUUACACUUUUGAUUUAGGCUGCUCUUCUCUCUUUGGGCCAUCCUCUCUCUUUCUUUUUAUGUCAUAAUAAUUUUUCUGUUACUUCACACUUAACUUCUUAAUUCCUUUCCUAAUCGUUCUUUCACAUGAUUAUUCAUAAACCUUUAUUAAGCAUAAAUUUUGUCCUAAAUUCUUUUAUCAGUAUAGAAACAGUGCCCAAUUUACAAAUGAACUUAGUUAUAAUGAUUGAUUUGUUAGUUAAUUAGUGAUUUCAAAGGACUUUCUUUUAGUUUUCGUAUUUUAAGCUAGAUCUGUGGUUCUGAGCUAGCUAAGCACUAGGGGAAAUAUUUCAGAGAAGAAUAAUGCAUGAUUUUUAUAAAAAGACCCAAAAUUUAUACUAGUAAUAGAAAAUAGUAAAGAAAAGGGACAGGGGAGUUAAGACCUAAGAACCCAAGGAAUACAUUGGAAUGUACCUAUUACGGUGAGGUCAACAUGUAACUCUUUUUCUAGCAUUGUAUUACACUGAAGAAAGUCUUCUAAAGGGCUGGGAGGAUAAGGGAAGAAGCCACUUAAACUUCUUUAAGGUGGUGGUCAUGUGAUUUGUCAUUGAAAUGUGACACUUUUAAGAGUUAUUAAUGAUUAAGCCAGGACUCAGACAUAAACUUGGUGUUACCUCAUACUGGAAUGUGUGGGCACUCUAAGUAGGGGUGUGGUCAGUCUUAGAAUUUUCCCAGUUCAAGUGUUAGAUUGAACAAAAAUCCAGAUAUUUUUUCAUGUAACAAUUUAGAAUUAACACCUAUGGCAAUCCCAGUCUUGGAACAGUCCAGUAUUCAAUCUCUGACCUUCCUGAAAGCUAGUAGUUAGUCUUAGGGUCCUGGGAACACUGAGAAAUUUUGGAGAAAAUGAGUAUUUCACGUAAGCCUAUGCAACCUGAAAAACAAGAACAAGACCAGGCAGUACAUGCCAUACUACUACCCUUCCUGCUCUUGUGCGCACUCCUACCCUGAUGAUGCAGCCUUCACUGGAUAUCAAACCAUUUAUGUCUUUUCCAGUGGACGGUAGUUCUGCUGUUGGGCUCUUUCCAAAUUUUAACACAAAAAGAAGAGGCUUAUUUGGGACCAAUAAAUUCUGCCAGAUGGAUCCUGUGCAAAAAGCAGUCAUUAACCACACAUUUGGAGUAUCCAUUCCCCCAAAGAAGAAACAAGUUAUUUCUUGUAAUGUCUGUCAGCUUCGCUUUAACUCAGAUAGCCAGGCCGAGGCCCACUACAAAGGAAGUAAACAUGCCAAGAAGGUCAAAGCACUAGAGGCAACGAAAAAUAAACCCAAAAUGGUUUCUUCCAAGGACAGCGCAAAGGCUAAUCCCAGCUGCUCCAUCACUCCAAUCACAGGCAACAGCUCUGACAAAUCAGAAGAUAAAGGAAAGCUGAAAGCCAACAGUUCCAGUCAGCCAUCAGGCUCUGAAAGUGGCUCAUUUCUCCUCAAAUCUGGCACAACUGCCCUGCCACCUGGGACAGCCACUUCUCCCUCCAAAAGCACAAAUGGAGCACCAGGGUCUGUUGCUGAAUCCGAAGAAGAGAAAGCCAAAAAAUUGCUUUAUUGUUCACUAUGCAAAGUGGCUGUGAACUCCCUGUCACAGCUAGAGGCACACAACACAGGAUCUAAACACAAGACCAUGGUUGAGGCUCGUAAUGGAGCUGGUCCAAUUAAGUCCUAUCCUAGACCUGGAUCAAGAUUAAAGAUGCAGAAUGGCAGUAAGGGGUCAGGACUACAGAACAAGACAUUUCAUUGUGAAAUCUGUGAUGUUCAUGUUAACUCGGAAAUUCAACUCAAACAGCACAUUUCUAGCCGGAGGCAUAAAGACCGAGUUGCAGGGAAGCCACUGAAGCCGAAAUACAGCCCUUACAACAAACUCCAGCGGAGCCCAAGCAUUUUAGCAGCAAAACUUGCAUUCCAGAAAGAUAUGAUGAAACCUUUGGCCCCAGCCUUCCUGUCCUCACCCCUGGCAGCAGCAGCGGCUGUGUCCUCUGCACUUUCACUGCCACCCCGGCCAUCUGCCUCGCUCUUCCAGGCUCCAGCCAUCCCUCCAGCUCUCCUGAGGCCAGGGCAUGGGCCCAUUCGUGCCACUCCGGCCUCCAUCCUGUUUGCCCCAUACUGACAUCUGCAAGCCCCAAGACCAGCCAGGCCAGUAGGAAAGUCAAGAAGCCAAGCCAAAAGGAUUUCAGCAACUUGAGCAUUUUGUGUUACAGUAAGUAUCCCACCUACCCACAAAAUGCAGCCUACCACCUCAAACCCCAGCUCCAGUGAAAAACAAAUCACUAGAUUCAAGAGUGCUUUUAUGGACCGAUCAAAUCAUUUUGGAAUGUGAGCAGCACAGGUUCCCUCUUCCCUCCCCGACUCGACCCCAUUUAAUUGGUGUAUCUGAGAAAUCUGGGUUCUUGAAAAUGUACAGUCAGAAAGUAAAUAAAAAGAAAACCAGUCUCUAUUUUCCCAUGGUAUAAUCUGGCUUAGAACAAUAUGGAAUAUUUUCCUGACAGACUUGAAAUCUAGGAUCUUCCUCAGAUGUCUGUAAAUAGCUCUGGAAUCCAACCGGGCAUAUUCUAGUGUGGAAGAAAAAUAGAACACAAGUGCUUAUUUGUGAAUACCAUCUUACCAACGGAUCAUGUUUUCUUUUUGGUGUACUCUCGUCGACAGGGAUUGUGUACUGUUUUAGACCCAAGUACUGUUGUAUCCUGUGUAGUACUAGAUUGUAUCUCUUGUCUGAAUUCAACAUCUUUAGUUGCUGUGUAAAUGUUAGGAAGCAAAAUAGCUUUGAAUUUCUCGUUAAGAGAACAAAAGAUAAUGUAUUUUCUUUAUUUCAUAUUUUAUUUGGAGAUAUUUAAACAAAAUAGAAAGCCAUAUAACAUAGCAUAAUUACUACCUGUUUGCUAUUUUUUGUCUAACUUAUUUUGUAGCUUCCUCACUGGUUUGAGUUGCUAAGCAAAUAUAUACAAACACAAAAAGAGCUUCCUAAAUUGCACAUUUUGGCACCUCCUGUGCAUUCUGCAAGAAGACAAUGAAUCCAUGUAUUUCUACGUAAUUAUCUUCAUUUUUAACCUGUUUUCAUUUGUAAUGAUGCUACAUAAUUUUGUGGCUCCCUAAUGCAAUAAUGUACAGAAGAUAUAAAAUUUAUAAUUGAACAAUUUGUCUUUCUGUUCACUGAAUAUGUUGCAGGUCAUGCUCCCAUGCCCCCCUUUCGAAGUUGGUAUCAACAAGACUAGAAUAUUUGUGAUAUCAGGGGCAAGAAGUAUCAUAAAACAAUAAAAUAGUGAACUCUUUUAGAGUAUCUAUAUCUGCAAUCUGUAAAUGGUAAAAUGUCUGUGUAUUUUUUUAAAUGUACCUUUUCAAUAAAAGCAUCAAAAAUAAAAAUCGGUUCAUAUUUCCAGUA